CUACUGCUACCGUGUUCACGCGUUUAUUGUCGUGAUUAUGAUGAUUUACAGCGAUAGCAGGCACUGAUAAUUGUGCAUUGUGGCACAAUAUGCUGACAUGAUUUGUACUUGAUCCAUUUCUGGGGCCUCCUCUCGACAAACUAGUUUGGCUACAUAGUUGAGCUCUGAUGUUAUGAGUGUCGAGAGUUUAAAACUUCUCCUUCAGAGAGUUAAAGUCAGAGGAGUUUAUAAAUACCAUAGGCAGGCCUGGGGAAGUUCAGCAAUUUCAACAUACAAUUGUUUUCUUUUUUUUAUAGUAACACACCAGAAUUGUGUUGCCACAAGUUGUUUUUCAUUACAUUCAAGUGUUCAGCUGAUUCAACUUCAUAGGACCACUGCUAAAGAAAUCAAUUAAUCGACUGGACUUUAAUCACUGAAAUGUUUUUUUUAAAUGAAAGAGGAAGGAAAAAUGUCAAACUUUCUCUGGUUCCAGCAUCUUAAGUGUGCAGAUUUGCUUUCUCUUGUAUAGUUUUAAAACUCAGUACCUUGAUUCGGAAACAGUCUUGGCACUUUGCACUAUUUUAAUUGAUAAAUUAAAAAAUAACCAUAAAUAGGCUGAUAAAGGGAGGUUUUCAUGCGUGUGUGUAGAUUUUGAGUUGAUGACAUGUGAAUUCAAUUCUCUCUCUACUCGUCUGUCAUCUGCUUUCCUUCCUCUCCUCCUCGCGUCGCUCUCACUUCCUCGACAGAUGAGACUUCCUCUUCGCUCCUUUUCCAUCUUCAGGAGUUUGUUCCCUCAAAGGCGACCAUCAGCGAACCCACAGAGGCGAGGCCUGAGCGGUGCGGCGAUGCGCCUGGUGCAGUUUCGACGGUGUGGUGACGGAGGGGGCGUCAGGGUGGGAGUGGAGCAAGGCGGCGAUGGGCUUGGCGUGGUGGAUCUGAAGGCGUUUGACCCCUCCAUGCCCUCGACGAUGAGAGAGCUGCUGGAGCUGGGGGACGAGGGUCUGGAGCGGGCACAGAGAGCCCUAUCGUCCGGUCGGUGUGUGGUGGAGCGGUCAGACCUCCAGCUGCUGUCUCCUGUGUUGGCCCCAGAGAAGGUGGUGUGUGUGGGUAUGAACUACAGGGACCACUGCCUGGAGCAGAACGCCCCGAUCCCCAAAGAACCCAUCAUCUUCAGCAAAUUCCCCAGCGCCAUCACGGGGCCGUACGACGACAUCAUUCUGCCCUCAGAGAGCCAGGAGGUGGACUGGGAGGUGGAGCUGGCCUUUGUGAUUGGACGAGGAGGAAAACACAUCAAGGAGGAAGACGCUCUCUCCCACGUGGCCGGCUUCACUGUGGCCAAUGACGUCAGCGCGCGCGACUGGCAGAUGAAGCGCAACGGGAAGCAGUGGCUGCUGGGAAAAACGUUCGACAGCUUCUGUCCGCUCGGCCCCGCCUUAGUGACCACUGACGCUGUGAAAGAUCCUCACCGCCUGGGCGUCCGCUGCCUGGUUAAUGGAGACACAGUCCAGAGCAGCAACACCGAUCAGAUGAUCUUCAAGACGGAGGCGCUGGUCGCCUGGGUCUCAAAGUUUGUGACUUUGACUCCAGGAGAUGUUUUCCUGACAGGCACUCCUCCAGGUGUGGGCGUGUUCAGAGAGCCACCUGUAUUUCUCAAGAAAGGAGACGUGGUGGAGUGCCAGAUCGACCAAUUAGGCUCCAUUAUCAACAAAGUGGUGUAAACUGCUGAGGAGCCACGAUCCAUGAAGGAAUGUCAGCUGUUCAACAAACUGCACUGCCGAUCGACUGCUUCGCACAAUGAAUUACUAUUUCCACAAAGUGUCAUUAUUGAUUUUUCUUCUGAUAGAAUCUUUUAUAAUUCAGAGUGUUUUUAUUGGUGAUGCUACAGUAAUUGCAAAGGGAGGAACACGCGGUAUUUUUACUCCAGGAAACGGUGUAAUUACGUGACUCGAUGUGCUGUUUGCAGCUCGACCUCAGCUAUUGAGUCAUAGUCAUCGCCAGCUGUAAAAAUACCCCUCUGGAUCAGCAGCCGCCCACUCGUGCUGUAGAGGACAAACUGUGAACCUCAGGACUCUUUUUAAUAAUGUUUAUUAUUCAUGAUGAAUUGUAUAUAAUAACACUGUUCAACUAACUUAGAGGAUUCAAGCAUAGAAAAUGAGCUUGCUAAAAACAUGCCGUCUACAAAAUGCGUCCCCUUUAUAUUGCGCUGGGAGAAAAUUCUUCAUAACAACUUCAAUCUGCGCUUCGUGUACCAGCUCGAUUCAUUUUCUUUUGGCUUAAAUCACUAAAGUUGACUUUUUCACUGAUAUAAACAACUUUAGAGAAAUCCCGGCACUGAAUGGACUCAUUUUACAGUAUAGAUUACAUCUGGCAGAUUUGGUCCAAAGUAGCUUACAUUUCUCCCAGGGGGAAGAAUUCGAGGUUAACAACCCUAUAAGUUAUGAGCUCUGCCUCCUGAACUCCCCAAAGUUCACAUCUGACUAAAUGUGAAGAGCGAGUUGAGACAGAUAUAUUCAAAGAAACUCCUGAAAUAAGUUACUUUGCAUCAUAAAACAAUAACAGUCUUGCAAUAAAUCUUACCUUCAUUAAGAUAAGUGUUUUAGAGAGGUGUUGAUUCAACUAUAUGACAGUUUGUGGUGCAUUGAUUUAUAAUGAGCGGUAUCUUUAAUAUUUAUUCUGCCGACAUUGUGAUGGACAAAGUAAACACUUCUCAGUAAUACAGUUGAAUCCACACCUCAACAGGAUUAUUGUCGGACGGUUGUAUUGGACUGAUUGAGUGUAAUCUUAAACUGUAUCCCAAUACAACUUAGUAAUUGUAUUAAGUAUGUAGUAUAUCCAAAACUUUAUACAAUGCUAUUUCUGCAUUAUACAAGAAAUCUAAAUACUUAACUGUUUUAUACCAACAGGAAAUCACACAAUGUUUACGCCGUACGUUGAUCAAACUGGUUGAAUGUGUUGUUUUUAGUUUAUAGACCGACUGUUUUUAGGAUGCUGUACUUUGUCAACCUGCCUGCAUCAGUGUGCAGUAUAGCUUUCACACCGAGCUGCAGUGAGGCUCUGACACUCGGUUCAACACCGGGUGGCAGUAGAGUUUCACGGUCGACUGCAGCUUUUGGUUUGAGUUAAAAUAAGGACAAAAACAGCCGCGCUGGCUCACGACUGUGUAAACGGACGCCUCCGAGGCAUCGAUUUGUCUCCGCGUCUCGGUGUAAAAAGGUGCAUGUCGAAACAGACGCUCCUGAGGUCUGAGUCAGCACACAAAGAUCUAUAUUCAGGAGGAGAGCAAGCUACAAUGAUGAGCUGUUUGGGGGAAAUCAUAUUUAUGAGAGGCAGCAUAAUAUACGAGUGUAAAGCAUUUCGUAACCAGUCUGUGCACAAGGAACUCAUUCAGCUCGUGUGUGUAGUAGGCACAUUUCUUUAUUGUCAGCCUGAACAUUGCUGAACUGAUCAACUUGAGAAUAAAGCACAACUAAACUUAAUGUUCAGGUUACAAACUAAAACUUCUGCGGCCUUUGCUGCAACAUAAACAUGGUCGAAAACACAAGCCGCACCGAGUCCUCGCAGCUGAUUGCAGGGACUUCAUAACCCUCGUCUCCUGUGGCUUUAUGCUAAUGCUAUUACUAAAGAUAAACUUAAAAUCAGUGUCUCAUCACUGAAAAAUCAAAAUGCAAUUAUCCUAAAGGCACGAGCGUCCCUGCUCAGCAUGCAUCUCAACACCGAACACGAGCUUCUCUGACGCGGGCAGAGGAUGAGGUCAGACUCUGCAACACAACAAAGCCCUUGAGUCACGCCGCACAGUUAAACACAUUAAUUGAAGAGGUACUGGGAGAUGAAGCGCUGCAGCUUCCGCCUGUUUUCCGACGACUGGAACAAUGGGCCGACGCCCAGGAAGACGCCUCCUCUCUGACGCUCCUCCGAAAGGACCUGAGGCGAGCACAGACAUAGCGCUGUCAGGGCACACGCAGCCGUGACGCCUUUUUAUUUACUCCCCUUUAUUUGAGCACUGCGAGCUCGGAGCCUUUCUUAUCUUUAGUGGGGUUUAUUUUGCACUAGGCCGAAUAAAAAAACAACACAGAAGUAAUAACAGAGAUAAAAACAAGAACACCAGAAAAGUGUGAAAUAAUAAGGUGAAAUGGGGGAGCCAAGCUUCAGCCUUUUCUGUUGUUUUACAGGUUCAUCAACACUAGAAGCACCCCCCCCCGGAGUGGAAUUAGAUGCGGAAUCCUUUAGACAAGCCGGAUAACGACCACUUCUGACCGACAACCUUGAUAAGAAAGUUAAUAACGGCCUCAUGAGAUCUGUGCAGAUAUAUGGGUCAAUGAUGCUCUAUUUUUAAAAGGCAGUAAUUCCCAACCCACAGACCCACAGGCGGAUGGAUGCAGAUCUACUUUA